GCUGAAGCUAGAAUACCUGUUAAAUCGUUCCGUCGGCAAUAAGCGGAACCUGUUGGCAGGGCACACAAGGCUCAGCGGAGCUGCACGAGGCUUACUGCUAAGCAAGGGGAGUUUCGGUCAACUGCCGCUUGGCCUCGGCGACAGGAACCCUCAGGUUCGUUGCUACCUCAGGUCCCCGCCAUGCCUCACAUCGACAACGACGUCAAACUGGACUUUAAGGAUGUUCUGUUGAGGCCCAAACGCAGUACUCUUAGGUCUCGAAGUGAGGUGGAUCUCACAAGAUCCUUUUCAUUUCGGAACUCAAAGCAGAUGUACACUGGGAUCCCCAUCAUUGCUGCCAAUAUGGAUACUGUGGGCACCUUUGAAAUGGCCAAGGUUCUCUGUAAGUUCUCCCUCUUCACUGCUGUCCAUAAACACUACAGCCUCAAGCAGUGGCAGGAGUUCGCUAGCCAGAAUCCUGACUGUCUUGAGCAUCUGGCUGCCAGCUCAGGUACAGGCUCUUCUGACUUUGAGCAGCUGGAACAAAUCCUGGAAGCUGUUCCCCAGGUGAAAUACAUAUGUCUGGAUGUGGCAAAUGGCUAUUCUGAACAUUUUGUUGAAUUUGUAAAAAAUGUGCGGAAGCGCUUCCCUCAACACACCAUCAUGGCAGGGAAUGUGGUAACAGGAGAGAUGGUGGAAGAGCUGAUCCUCUCUGGGGCUGACAUCAUCAAAGUAGGAAUUGGACCUGGCUCUGUGUGUACCACCCGGAAGAAAACUGGAGUGGGCUACCCACAGCUCAGUGCAGUGCUGGAGUGUGCAGAUGCUGCUCAUGGCCUCAAAGGCCACAUCAUUUCAGAUGGAGGCUGCAGCUGUCCUGGGGAUGUGGCCAAGGCUUUUGGGGCAGGGGCCGACUUUGUGAUGCUGGGUGGCAUGCUGGCUGGGCACACUGAGUCAGGUGGUGAGCUCAUUGAGAGGAAUGGCAAGAGGUACAAGCUCUUCUAUGGAAUGAGUUCUGAAAUGGCCAUGAAGAAGUAUGCUGGAGGCGUGGCUGAGUACAGGGCCUCAGAGGGAAAGAUAGUGGAGGUGCCCUUCAAAGGGGAUGUGGAACAUACCAUCCGAGACAUCCUUGGAGGCAUCCGCUCCACAUGUACCUACGUGGGAGCAGCUAAACUGAAGGAGUUGAGCAGGAGAACUACCUUCAUCCGGGUCACUCAGCAGGUGAAUCCAAUCUUCAGUGAAGAGAGCUAGAUCUGAGCAGUUCUGCCCUCCUAAGGCACCAGCACCCCACCCAAGUGGGCUCUUCACCCAUCCUAGCUACUGUGGCUAUGAUGACUUGGUCAUUUCCUGUCAUCUCACUCCUGAAGGCUCCUGUAGUAAUUCUGUACUUCUCUAUCUGCACACACACAAUGUCCAGGGCACUCAUGGGAAAAUGAGGUGAAUAGGGAUCUGGGCACCCAGCAUCCUGAAGAUUAUUAAAAGGCAAAGAUGCUGGGUUGUAACAUAAGUACUUAAUAUAGCCCUGGUCUGGAACAAGGCAUUUAGAAUCAUGUUUUGUUAAUCAGCUUCAUUGAAUAGAAUCUUUGAAUAUCUAAAAAACUCAGAAAUGUUCAUAUAUUUUAAAUACCUCAAUAAAGAAAAAUCCAAAUGA